CCAUGGCCCCGGCGCUGCUGCUGGUCCCGGCGGCCCUCGCCUCCUUCAUCCUGGCCUUUGGCACCGGAGUGGAGUUCGUGCGCUUCACCUCCCUGCGGCCUCUGCUUGGAGGGAUCCCGGAGUCCGGUGGUCCAGAUGCCCGCUAUGGGUGGUUGGCUGCCUUGCAGGACCGAAGCGUUCUUACCUCCCUGGCUUGGGAUCUUGGGCUUCUGCUAUUAUUUGUGGUGCAACAUAGCCUCAUGGCAACUGAGACAGUGAAGGCGUGGACAUCCCAGUACUUUGGAGUCCUUCAGAGGUCACUGUAUGUGGCCUGCACUGCGCUGGCCUUGCAGCUGGUGAUGCGGUACUGGGAGACUGUACCCAGGGGCCCAGUGUUGUGGGAGGCUCGAGCUGAACCUUGGGCCACCUGGGUGCCCCUCCUCUGCUUUGUGCUCCACGUCAUUUCCUGGCUCCUCAUCUUCAGCAUCCUUCUGGUCUUUGACUACGCUGAACUCAUGGGCCUCAAACAGGUAUAUUACCACGUACUGGGACUGGGUGAGCCGCUGGCUCUGAAGUCUCCUCGGGCUCUGAGGCUCUUUUCCCACCUUCGACACCCAGUAUGUGUGGAACUUCUAACGGUGCUGUGGGUGGUUCCCACCCUGGGCACUGACCGCCUCCUCCUGGCUCUUCUCCUUACCCUCUACCUUGGCUUGGCUCAUGGGCUUGACCAGCAAGAUCUCCGCUACCUUCGGUCUCAGUUACAAAGAAAACUCCAGCUUCUCUCCAGACCCCAGGACCGGGAAGCAGAGUGAGGAGCUAGCUCCAUUUCUAGGGCCUGUUCUUCCUCAAAAAUCAAAAAUCCCUUAGCUUCCAGACCGUUUGAUACAGACCAGAAGCUGAAAACCAUGUGCUGAAGGGGCUGUCACUUCCCCUGCUUGAGACCUCAGUUCCAGGGUCCAGAUCCCCUACUCUAAAUUUAGAGUUUCAGUCACUGGCCUCCAGGGUCCAUUUCUCACCAACCAAGAGUGGAUACAAAGUCAUAUCAUCUAUCUCUUGGGGUUAACACAAGGCCUUGAGCACUCCCUCCCCUGGUACUGUUAUUGGCUCUGCACCUCAGGGAUCCCCUUCCUAGUUUCCACUUCAAGAGUUAUGCCAGGGCCAGUCUGCAAGUUUGCAGGUAGUGGAUAUCUCUUGUACCGCUGUGCGUCUUCCCCACUCCUGCCAUCAUUUCUCCACCUCCUUAUAGGUCCUGCCCUACAGAUCCUAGGUGUCUCCUGUUUUUUAACUCGGUCUCCUACCGCGGUGUCUCCCGUUUUUAACUCGGGUUGACUCAGGGCUCCCUGCUCUCUCAAAGGAUAUGCGCUGCAGAGAAAUAAAAAAUUUCUACGUAUGGUA